AACAGACUCGGCUACACCAGAGGGCAAUGCCCACGGAACAGACUCGGCUACACCAGAGGGCAAUGCCCACCAGACGUAUUUUGUGUGUGUUUAUUCUAGCUAUAAUGCUAAGAGAAUUUGCUGAAGGUGCUAACUGUGCCAGUGGUAGAACCAUAGGUGAAAACGAUCCCAAAAAGAAGGAUGAUGAUCUAGAUGGAACAGUAGGUACAAGUACGCUCAUUAUAAAUAACGACUACAAAGUUGACUGUGAUUGUGGAAAUAUUUACGAAUGGGAAUAUUACGCCAAGACGAACGCCGGUCAGGUCCACCUACAGGUGUGGAGGGAAGUGUCCGGGAGUUCGAACGUAUUCACGCUGGUGGGAGAAAACAUCAUCACUGUGACUGCGGGCAUGGUUAAUGGGGAGCAUAUCGAGGCUAUCCCUGCUGGACAAAGGAUACAAGUACAGCAAGAUGAUUACCUAGGGAUUUACAAUCCUGGCAAUCCAAUCAUAUCCAACAAGCAUGAGGGAGGAGGGAAAGAUUUUAAGGAGACGGAGUCGGUCGGGAACAUAGGAGUUGGAAACACAUUUAACUGGGGAACCGUCACCACAGAUGAUGACAGGAAAUACGCAAUCAACGCGAAGGUAAACGCUGGGUCAGGCCCAACGUUUACAAACCUUGCCAGCGCCUCUGUUACUAUGGUCGACGCCUCCAAUAUUGGCCAUUAUCUCUUCACUGUGUCUGCGAAUGACGCCGACGGAGAUACUCUUACCACUACCAUGACAACGGAGACUUAUUUCGACUUCGACACUUCAACGCUGACGGUGAAAACAAAUGGAGUGCCGGCGGGAUCUUACACAUUGAACUUCCAAACAAGUGAUCCGUGUAGUAAUUCAGAUUCGGGGACCCUUUCUGUAACGGUCACAAACUCUCUCCCAGUAAUCCCUGUGUCAAACCUUCCCUCUCGUUGCUACAUACACGAGGACACAACAUCAGAGACACUACAACACAGCAUCACUGUGACUGAUGCCUCGCCUUCUGAUACGGUUGUAUGUACCGAAACUGAGGCAAAGUUUCUGUCGAAAUUGACAUCAGCGUCAGUUUAUGGAAUAUACUCCAAAGCGAACCCGGGAUUUGUCUACAGUACUCAGAAGAAAUAUACUAUACAUGUGACGUGUACGGACUCGUCAUCCGACUCCGACAGCAGCUCCCUCACCGCAUACAUCCUGCCUAAUGUUCCGCCCACCUUCACUAAUCUUCCAAAUUCCGUGUCCACGUCUACGUUAACGGUCAGCGGAACAAGCGUCUUUCAGGUGUCCACGUCCGACUCUGAGGGAGAUGGUAUUACGUUCUCCUCCACGUGCUCUGUGGCUAGCUGUCCCUUUACUCUAGAUACAAGCACUGGCGAGAUUCAAACCAAUACCAACCUGAACGUUUUAACCACAGUCGGAUACGACAUAUUGGUCAGUAUCAAUGACGGUCUGUCUACAGUGGGACCCCGGUCAUUAACCAUCUUUAUAGCAGGCAUAAAUACAUCUCCGGUGAUACAAAACCUUCCGCUAACCUUCACACUGUCUGUGUUGGAGUCUAUUGGUCUCAACACGGCGGUAUAUCAAGUGAAAGCGGUUGACCCAGACACAGCCACCCAAACCCUCACGUACAGCGCAGUGUUCAGCCCGCUAGAGGGAGCUACGAUACUCACAGUCGAUUCGUCCACCGGACUUCUGCAUACGUCAUCAACGACCAGGAUUGAUUACGAGGCUCUAACAGCGAAGACGUUUACAGCGACUAUCAGUGUAACAGAUGGUCAAGUUACGGACACACAGUCUGUCUCAGUGGCCGUGGCAGAUGUCAACGAAUCCCCGGCAUUUGCAUCAGCUACAUACUACGUCAUAGGAAAUGAAGGCAGUGCUGGUACUGUCCUGGGUGAUCCGGGUCUCUCUGCGACUGACCCUGAUUCUGGUGACGUCAUCACAUUCAGCAUUAGCUGUCAGGAUUUCCUCAUACAUUCCACGAGUGGCGUCAUUUCUUUUGCAAUUGACUAUGACCUUGACAUUGCCGGCGUUGCGUCAUCAGUUUCUUGUAUAGUAACUGUUUCCGAUGGAGACCUUGUGGCGACAUCUACCCUGUUUAUAACGGUGAAUGAUGUAAAUGACAACACACCAACCUUCCGAGCGGAUUAUUACACAUUUUCGACAACAAUUUAUGUAUCUGUCGGUGACGUCAUAGGCACUGUGACAGCAACUGAUGGAGAUCUUGGAAUUUAUGGAUCAAUGACCUAUUCAAUCGAUCAGAGUAGCCUUACAGAUACUUACUUCGGAGUAACCGGUACUGGAGGUGUGUAUAUCACCAAGUCGGUAGCAUCCCUUGGGAAAGGAACCAGCUUUACUUUCACAGCCGUCGUUACGGAUUAUGGUGGACUGAAUGACACUGCUUGGGUAACAGUCGUGGUCUUCUCUACUACAACGGCACCUUCAACGACAACUACCGAGAGGUACCUAGAGUUCUUUGAAGACCCCCGGAACGUUGCCUGGGUUACCAGUUUUGGUAUAUGUGGAAUCGGAGCUAUCAUUCUCAUAGGAUAUCUUAUAUUUAAACAUGGAAUUCUGACCUCGUUCGCAGCGGGGGUCAAGGCUGCAUUAACAAAAAGCAGGCCAAAGAAAAUGACAAAAAAGCCGAAAAAAUCAUUGCGUCUGCGUAAGAAAAGGCGACAGAUUGAGGUCGGCGGACACGCACGAUAUCACGACCGAACUAAAGGGACUUGGCUGUGAUCAAUCCAUUAUAUGAUUUUAUUUAUCAAAUUAUCUAUUUAGAGUUUAAAUGACUGUGCAAGUUUGGUUAGCGGUUUUUCGGAAUAAUAUGACACGGGGAAUUUGUGUGGUCGUUAAACUUAAAAUGGCCCGACUGAACCAAUGAGGGAAAAAGAGGUAAAUGGCGGAGUAUUCCGCUUACAGCUUUGUCCUCCAGAACUGAGACAGGUGCUCCACGCUAAGAUAAUUAUAUUGACUUCCUUUUCUAAGCAUAAGGCAAAUGCUUAGUUUAAUGGGUCAAUUCUCAUUUAAAUAGUCGGUAACCGUUUGGAUUUUGUCAUGAUAGGAUAUAUAUAGUAUUCUGGUAUACCUUUUCUUCUAGGUUAUUUCACCAUUGGGUUUUCACACAAAACUACGUAAUUGUAUCCCUCCCAAAACACUUCUACAAAGGGGACAUAAACCUUCAAACAUGAAAUUGCAGGUUAGAAAUUCUAUACAGUUUUCUGUUUGAUAAUAUUUUAGUUAAUACUUAUCACGACAUUUUUAGCAUGAGAUUUUCCCUUGACGAGAGAACCAUUUGUUGAUAUAUUGACUUUGUAAUUUUUUCAAAGUUGCUUACAACACACAGUUUGGGGAGUAAGAUACCAUUGAAAGUUAACACCGGAUUCAUUUAAAAUCGAUUUUACAUCAAACAUUUAAAUUCCUCAAUAUUGAUUAGAUAGUAUCUAGACACUGAUAUUUUGUGUGAUGAUGAACGGUUAAUUCCAAAUGUAGCGGUACUGCCAUUCUAAGUGAUACAUUAAUCAUACAAUUAUACUGUACGCAUUGAACAACAUGUAUAUUUUAAAGUUCGAUGACAAGUUUGAACCUGCACGCGAUACGGUGGCAACGAACGGCUCACCUGUAAGGUCCUUUUAUUUGGAAGAUACACACCCCUUAUCACAAUUCUCCCUGCUGUUUUGGGGUCAUGAAUACUUACCUUUGUGGCCCAUAACAUAUUUGUUUCUGUUCUGAUACUUCAUAGCAUUUGAUUUAUUUGCUUGUUUGUUUUUUAUUCAUGAAAGAGAUUGCCCUAAUCAAAAUAUGUGUCAUGGAAUUUCAUCGAUCAAUUCUUAUUAUUUUCAUGAUGUACAAAAACGCCUCCAUGUGAAGACGGUGGUUGUUGUUUGAUGACAUGAAUUCUCCUCGAACUUCCCAAGGUGAAACGUUCACGUAAACCUGGAUUGUUUUAUGGCAACAUUGAUGGAUCCAUCAC